AAACAAGAAGAGCUCACACAAAAACUAGUGGCUGAAAACAAAAAGCUUAAAGGGAAGCAAGCAAAAUUGAAACGUCUUCAAAGUAAAGUGAGUCAACAAACUAUUAAAUUGUUGCUUUCCAGUGUUUGAAGUCUCAUGUGUAGGUUUUGUUUUCAAAGACUAAUAGUAUUGCUUUUGUGUUGCAUAGGUGAGAACUGCAGAUGAAGAUAUUCAAGAGAGAAUAAAAAAGGUAUUUAUUUGCAUUGGAUUAAAUGUGUUACAGACAUGACCCCGGCAUUAUAAAUCCCACUCAGUGUUUAUAUGAUCCGGCUUCUAUCCCCCAAAUGCUGAGAUCCCCACUAGACGGGAUGAGAAAUUCCCAUAUAAACCCUUCAAUCUGCCUAGCUGGGACGAGAAAUCAGAAAUAUAAGGCUAGGCGGGACCUUUCAACCUUUGCCUUCUUAGCAUGCUUGAUAUGAUGUGAAGCAUUUAACUUACUUCAUCUCGGCAAUGUUUUUAGUCGUGUUUACACUAACAGUCUUGGCCUUGCCUUGGCCUACAUUUUGACAGUGUAAACAGAUUUUGACCUAGCCUUGGCCUGACCUAGGCCAGGAAACCUGGGCCUACUACAACCGGUGGCCUAGGCUUGUGGAAAUGUAAAUACUUUCGGCCCUGGCCUGGGCCUUAUUUUCAUGGCAAUGUGUGUGCACAGUGAGGGUGCAACCAACACUUUAUGUAAUAUUGAGGGUACAAUAUUAACCAGCCUUCCUCUAACCAUCCUACUACACUGUAUUUGUUAAUUAGACAGCAAUCUUUUGGAGAAUCCCCCUUUGCCCACUCUACUGCUGCAUGCUUUAAGGGAGGCAGGUAGUCCAAUAAUGGCUGACUGCUGCAAUUGUUACUGAAUUUAGAUAAACAAGUGGCUACAGUAUCUAAUUAUUCAAAGUAUUUUCCCCAGGCUAGGGGCUGAACAAUAUAUGUUUUCCAAAAUGCCUGUUAUAUUACACAUUUUAGAAAAAGAACUCAGAAAAAGGAUUCUUCACUUUGUCUUUCACUGAAAAACGACUACAGUCUCCUACCGCUCUCAACGAGAAAGGAAAUAUAAAUGGUCCUGAGAGAACGGCCAGAAGAAAGAUACAAGAAACCAGUGAAGUAGCAAUGAAAAUCCAUGGAGGAACUCCAAGUAAUAUGCAACCUGCUUACUUUGGUCUUUUUGCAACCCUAUCUAAUGGGGCUUCAGCUAGCACACUAACUGAUAUGUUUUACAAAUCACCUACUGUAAUGACAAAAGUUAUUCCUAAUGUUGUAAAUGAAAAGGUCAAGGCUUUUGAUAAUUCUAAAACCAAUUUUGUUAGAAGCGUAAACGUGCUUUACAGGAAUGGCCUUGUAAGCAAGGAGAAAUACAUUAUUAGCAUUAGGUCAGCAUUAAGCAUGAAUAAUAAAGAAAAUAGUAAUUCUAAGUCGCACACAGAAUUUAUGUCAAACUGUAAUGUUCCACGCAUACUUCCGUACAAGGAAUUGAUGUAUAAGAUCAAGGGCAUAGAUAUAGGUAAUUUGUAUGACCUCAACGAACAGUUUUGUACCGGUCUAGGCAAUGAUGACCAUAUAGAAGGUAAGUACAGGGAUUUAACCGAGUUGCUUUUAAGGUUGGCCCAGUUUUACUUGAAAGUCAAUGAACACAGACUUGAUAAGCUUAUUUGGUAUAACAAUAAGCAAGCAGGUCACUUCAAUGUUGCCAUUGGGGGUGACGGUGCCCCCUUUGGUAAGGCUGACUCGGCAUUGGCUUGGUUGGUGAGUUUUCUUAAUUGCGUUCAUAGAAUUUCUAGCCGCAAUGAGAACUUUCUUCUUCUAGGGGCAAAUUGCUCAGAAGAUUGUGAAGCUAUUAGACGCUAUGUUCUAAAGCUAUCGCAAGACAUCAAAGAAAUCGAAAAGAAAACAUACUCGGUUUCGGUUGAUGGUCAAUUAUGGAAUGUAUCUUUCUCCUUUGACAUGUUUCCAAACGACAUGAAAUACAUAGCUUAUCUUGCUGGAGAGCUUUCAAUUUCUGCAACAUAUUUCUCACCUUUCGCAAACGUUAAAAAAGCUGAUAUAUGUGAUACAAAAUCUGCUUUCGGGGUUGAGCCUUCACAUAAGUGGAAGCCUUGGACCUACCAAGCAAGGAUCAAGGUUGCAUCAGCUGUUGCAAAAAAGAAACAAGAACUUUCACAUUCCUCUCUGAAACCGACUACUUUUAGAAAUAAGGUAACAACAUUCAUUGCCAAGAAAGGGUCUCGGACAGAAUUUCCACCUCUGCUGGGUGAAGCGAUUGACCGAGUAA